AUGCCUUAUGGUUCCUGCAUCCUGGGUGUCAUAGAUGACAAGGGUUGGCUGGGAUCCCGGCCUGGCCGUGAUAACUUGAGCCAGAGUCAGGUGGAAGAGGAUGAAGUUCAAUGGGAAGGAGUGGAGGAGAAGGCAGAGAUAGAAGAGAAACUUGAGCUUCAGAAACUUCUGGAGAGAGUUCCAAUUCCAGUGAAAGAAAGUAUAGAGGAGCCAAGUGCUAAGAUCAAUGUGCUUCUGCAAGCAUUCAUUUCUCAAUUAAAGCUGGAAGGAUUUGCUCUGAUGGCUGACAUGGUGUAUGUGACACAGUCUGCAGGACGUCUAAUGAGAGCCAUCUUUGAAAUUGUUUUGAAUCGCGGGUGGGCUCAGCUCACGGACAAAACACUGAACUUGUGCAAGAUGAUUGAUAAACGAAUGUGGCAAUCGAUGUCGCCUCUUAGGCAGUUUAGAAAGCUUCCAGAAGAAGUGAUUAAGAAAAUUGAGAAGAAGAACUUUCCAUUUGAGCGGUUGUAUGAUCUGAAUCAUAAUGAAAUAGGAGAGUUAAUCCGUAUGCCCAAGAUGGGCAAAACAAUCCACAAGUAUGUCCACCAAUUUCCUAAACUGGACCUGUCUGUCCAUUUACAGCCAAUAACUAGAUCUACUUUGAAAGUAGAAUUGACCAUUACACCAGAUUUUCAGUGGGAUGAAAAGGUUCAUGGGUCUUCUGAGGCUUUCUGGAUUUUGGUUGAAGAUGUUGACAGCGAGGUCAUACUUCAUCAUGAAUAUUUCCUACUAAAGGCAAAAUAUGCCCAGGAUGAGCAUCUUGUAACUUUUUUUGUGCCUGUCUUUGAGCCACUGCCACCCCAGUACUUCAUCCGUGUUGUAUCUGACCGAUGGUUGUCUUGUGAAACACAAUUGCCUGUUUCAUUCCGUCACCUUAUUCUUCCGGAGAAAUAUCCCCCACCCACAGAGCUUCUGGAUUUACAACCUCUUCCAGUAUCUGCCUUACGAAACAGUGCUUUUGAAGCCUUGUAUCAAGACAAAUUCCCCUUCUUCAACCCAAUCCAGACACAAGUUUUUAAUGCAGUUUAUAACAGUGAUGAUAAUGUGUUUGUUGGUGCUCCCACUGGUAGUGGAAAGACUAUCUGUGCAGAAUUUGCUAUUCUAAGAAUGUUACUCCAAAAUUCAGAGGGCCGAUGUGUAUAUAUUACACCCAUGGAAGCCUUGGCUGAACAGGUUUUUGCUGACUGGUAUGAUAAGUUUCAAGAAAAUCUGAAUAGGAGAGUUGUACUUUUAACUGGUGAGACGAGCACAGACCUCAAGCUGCUGGGAAAGGGAGAUAUCAUCAUCAGCACCCCUGAGAAGUGGGAUAUCCUGUCUCGACGCUGGAAGCAGCGAAAAAAUGUGCAAAAUGUCAGCCUUUUCAUUAUUGAUGAAACUCAUCUUAUUGGGGGCGAAAAUGGACCCGUUCUUGAAGUAAUCUGUUCCCGUAUGCGGUACAUCUCCUCUCAGAUUGAGCGGCCAAUUAGAAUAGUUGCUCUCAGCUCCUCCCUUUCCAAUGCAAAAGAUGUUGCACAUUGGUUGGGUUGCAGUACCACAGCAACCUUCAAUUUCCACCCAAAUGUCCGACCAAUUCCUUUGGAGCUUCACAUUCAGGGAUUUAAUGUGAGCCACACCCAGACACGUCUGUUAUCCAUGGCAAAACCUGUGUAUCAUGCCAUUAUGAAGCAUGCCCCCUCCAAACCUGUCAUCGUGUUUGUACCAUCUCGCAAGCAGACACGAUUAACUGCAAUUAAUAUUCUUACUUAUUGUGCAGCUGAUGUGUUGCCGCGAAGGUUUCUUCACUGCACAGAAAGGGAUUUAGCACCCUAUGUGGAAAAACUGAGUGACAAGAACCUAAAAGAGACUUUGUCCAGUGGUGUAGGUUACUUGCAUGAAGGACUUAGUCCAUUGGAGCGCCGGAUUGUUGAGCAGCUCUUCAUGUCUGGUGCCAUACAAGUGAUGGUAGCCUCACGUAGUCUGUGCUGGGGGAUGAACAUAUCUGCGCAUCUCGUCAUCAUCAUGGACACCCAGUAUUAUAAUGGCAAGAUUCAUGCGUAUGUGGAUUACCCAAUUUAUGAUGUUCUUCAAAUGGUAGGAAGGGCUAAUCGCCCCCUUCUGGAUGAUGAGGGUCGCUGUGUCAUUAUGUGCCAAGGAUCCAAAAAGGAUUUCUUCAAGAAGUUUCUUUAUGAGCCCCUUCCAGUGGAGUCUCAUCUAGACCACUGCCUUCAUGACCACUUCAAUGCUGAAAUAGUCACAAAAACAAUAGAAAAUAAGCAGGAUGCUGUGGAUUACCUCACAUGGACAUUCCUGUACCGUAGGAUGACUCAGAACCCUAACUAUUACAAUCUGCAAGGUAUGUCACACAGGCACUUGUCGGACCACCUGUCGGAGCUUGUAGAGCAGACUCUGACUGACCUGGAGCAGUCCAAGUGUAUCAGCAUAGAGGAUGAGAUGGAUGUGGCACCACUAAAUCUGGGCAUGAUUGCAGCUUAUUACUACAUCAACUACACCACCAUAGAACUUUUCAGCAUGUCUCUCAAUGCUAAAACUAAGAUCAGAGGACUUAUUGAAAUAAUCUCUAAUGCAGCAGAAUAUGAAAACAUUCCAAUUAGACAUCAUGAGGACACACUCCUUCGACAGUUGGCUCAGAAAGUCCCACACAAGCUGAACAAUCCUAAAUUCAACGAUCCGCAUGUGAAGACCAACCUUCUCCUCCAAGCACAUCUCUCCAGGAUGCAACUGAGUGCUGAGCUCCAGUCAGACACGGAAGAAAUUCUUAGCAAGGCAAUUCGUUUGAUUCAAGCCUGUGUGGAUGUGUUAUCUAGCAAUGGCUGGUUGAGUCCUGCCUUGGCAGCCAUGGAGCUGGCUCAGAUGGUGACCCAAGCUAUGUGGUCAAAGGACUCCUACUUGAAGCAGCUGCCCCACUUCAGUUCAGAGCACAUUAAGCGCUGCACAGACAAGGGGAUAGAAAGUAUCUUUGAUAUUAUGGAGAUGGAGGAUGACGAGCGUAGUGCUCUACUGCAGAUGUCAGACAACCAAAUUGCAGAUGUGGCCCGCUUUUGUAAUCGCUAUCCUAAUAUUGAACUGUCUUAUGAAGUUGCAGAGAGAGACAAUAUUAAGAGUGGAGGUCCUGUGGUGGUUCUUGUGCAGCUGGAGAGAGAAGAAGAAGUGACAGGACCAGUCAUUGCUCCCUUGUUUCCUCAGAAACGUGAAGAGGGCUGGUGGGUUGUGAUUGGAGAUCCCAAAUCAAACAGUCUCAUCUCCAUCAAGCGCUUGACUCUGCAGCAGAAGGCCAAGGUUAAGUUAGACUUUGUUGCUCCCGCCUUAGGCAUCCACAAUUAUACUUUGUACUUCAUGAGUGAUGCCUACAUGGGAUGUGACCAAGAAUACAAAUUCAGCGUGGAUGUGAAGGAGGCAGACAGCGAAGGAGACAGUGAUUCAGACUAAGGUGGCACUGUGGUUUUACUCUGGACAGUUCUGAUGCCAUCUACAGUUGACAGUUUGUACGAGUGUCCGCGUCAUUCCGGCAUGAAUACAGAGAUGUACAGCGUCAGGUUUAUUGUUAAGUUUUAUUAUCAUGCAGCUUUAAAUUAUAUCCACAUUAUUUCUGUAAUGCAUACACCAUAAAUUGUGGAUAGAAAUCUAAAAAAAAAAAUUUUGUACAGCUUUUCUUUUUUUUCUUUUUUUAUAGUGUAAAAA